UAAAAUACUAUACUUGACCAAAAAAAAAAAAAAAAAAACUGGGGUGGGUGGAUGCCUAAUGGGGCAUUAUUUUGUGCACAGUGCAAGCAAACUACAGAGUAAUCUAAGUAGCACUUGCCAUGCAUUUGCAACGUCAGCGUUGCUCAUACAGUAUCAUAUAAUCUUAGUUGUCCACUCCCCACACCUCUUCUAUCACCCACCCCCUUCAACUUCUAACCAGUCCUGAUGCACGCCAGCAAUAUUUUUAAUAAUAAUAAUAACAACAACAAGUAUUAUCUUAUUUCUGUUUACUAAAGCAAGACAACAGGACGGCAUGAAAAUCACUACCAAAGUAAGCUAGAGAUUGAGAUGUGCAGACUGAUGACGACAACAACGCCGGUAGUAUAUAUAGUCCUCUACUAUUCACUUCCUAAAACCCAUCACCUUUACCAUUUCUUCUUCAAACACAUACAAAUAGGAUAAUAGCCAUGGCUCCAUCGCUGUUAGCAAACCUUGACAGUGCACAAGAAAUCACGAAAUUUGUGAUAAAUGAAGGCCAUGGAGUCAAAGGCCUUGCAGACAUGGGAAUUCAGACUCUGCCUAAGCAAUUCAUUCAACCACCCAGAGAAAGAAUUGCUACAAGCAAGUUAGCGUCUGAGCUUUUCAUCCCAGUUAUUGAUAUGUCAAAUUCGAACGAGCAAAAGGUGGUGGAUAUGAUGGUGGAUGCAGCACAAAUGUGGGGUUUUUUCCAAAUUAUCAAUCAUGGGAUCCCUACCGAGGUAUUUGAGAAUGUGAAGAGUGCAACUCAGAGGUUUUUUGAGUUGCCAGCAGAAGAGAAGAGAAAGUACCUGAAGGAGUACUCUGCCUCGAAUUGUGUCCGGUUUGGAACAAGCUUUACUCCCCAUGAAGAGAAGGCUUUUGAGUGGAAAGAUUAUCUCAGUCUCUUCUAUGUUUCUGAAGAUGAAGCUGCUGCACUUUGGCCUCCUGCUUGCAGGGAUGAAGCACUCGAGUUCCUUAGAAUGUCUGAAUCUGUGAUCAGGAGACUCUUGGAGGCACUGAUGAAAGGUUUGAAUGUCAAAGAGAUUGACAGAGAAAAAGAACUAAUGCUAAUGGGUUCAAAGAGGAUAAACCUUAACUAUUACCCUAUAUGUCCAAACCCCGAACUCACCAUAGGAGUAGGACGCCAUUCAGAUGUCUCAACACUAACUAUCCUUCUCCAAGAUCACAUUGGAGGACUCUACGUCCGGAAACAGGAUGAUGACACCUGGAUUCAUGUCCCGCCAGUCCCGGGAGCUCUGGUGAUUAAUAUUGGAGAUGCACUUCAGAUUAUGAGCAAUGGGAGAUACAAGAGUGUUGAGCACCGUGUGGUUGCUAAUGAAACCAAGAACAGGGUCUCAGUGCCAAUAUUUGUCAAUCCUAGGCCUAAUGAUGUUAUUGGUCCUUUGCAGGAAGUGUUAGACAGCGGUGAGAAACCAAUGUACAAGCAAGUUCUUUACUCAGACUACGUCAAGCAUUUCUUUAGGAAAGCUCAUGAUGGGAAGGAAACAGUUGAAUUUGCAAAAAUAUGAGAGUAUGAGUACUGGCAACAAUAAGAACUGCUUCACUCUUGAUUUUUAGCAGUGGUGAAAUAAAAAGAAAAGAAAGAGUAUCCAAAGCAUGUAUUCAGUUUAUCAUCUGAUCAAUGAAAUAGAUAGAACUUUUAUAA